AUGAAGGGCCCUAUCUACGCGUUCCUGGCCUGUUUCAGUAUUCACUACCAGGAGGUGACCUUCAAGCGAAUUGACCGCAUCAGCCAGUCCUACUCUGCCGUUAUCUACGCCAUGCAGCUGGUCGCCAUCAACCACCAUUGGACCCCAUGGAUCCGGAGGAUCCUUGAAGCGAAAGAGGAUGGGCAGGACCAAGCGCUGGCUAAUGCGGCCCCAUUUCAUGCUGUCUUCGGCCCCUGGCUGCAGACCUACUUCAAGCACCAGUCUCCUUACCCCCUUGGAGAUCUUCUGUCCUUCAGAGCCUAUGCUCUCUACUACAACACGAUCUCCAGCGUGCAAGGCAACCAGGUGAUUGAACAAGCACCCCACCACCUAAGAUUCCACCAUCUUAGUGUCAGCCGUCUGCAGCUCCAGGAAUUUUUCCAGAAGUCUACCUUGGACCUGGCACACUCCUAG